CUAAGCACUUUAAAGCUGGGACUGUGAAUGCCUGUCAUAAGAUGGUGUAAAAAUAAAAUACCUUUUUGUUCAGUCUUAUCUCAAGUAAGGCGAGCUUGUAUUCUGAUUCUUAAACGUACGUCUAAACAAACGAAAAGACAGCGGAGAUCGCAUAAAUAGAAUGCGAUCGGCUUUUCUUCUUUCAGUACGCAGCGAAACGUCGAGCUGCGCAGUUGUGCACUGGGCGUUGGAACUGUAUAUUUACGCAUGCAUGUACAUAUAUGUUUAUGUACUUAGAUCGAGUGUAACUGUUAAAAAGCAUGGCCGGCCCCCUAGUGAGCUUUACGUGAAAGCAAUCCUACAGUACAGUUUUUGUUUAUAAUUCCACCAACCGAAGAGUGUCAUGGCCGCGGAAAGUGAUAGCGAUGUGGAGAUCAUAGAGGCGGAGCCAUCGGACCAUCAUCACCACCAUCGCCAGCAGGAACCAUAUGGGCAUCCCGCCAAGAUGUACCCGCGAAUUCCAUCCGGCAUACCCUCCCCACCAUUUUCACCCACUGAUCGUACGGAUAUGCCGCUGGUCAAGGAGAUUCUGGCUCGCAAUGAACAUAUAAAUAUUCCCGAAGGAACCGUGCUCUGUGUUCCGUGCUACCUAUGCAAACAGCCCUUCAAUGACAUUGAAUCCUUCAAGGAGCACCUCACCCAACAUGCGGCGGAAAUUAACGCCUGGAAUACAACGAGUGCGCAGGAGCAGACACCUCCGCCGACGGUAAAACCGUUUGUUCAGUCCAUGAAUAAGUCAUUCGUGCAUCCCACAGAUCAGCACUUAUUCCAUUCCAUUGAUCAUGGGGCCAUGGAUCAUCAUCACAAUGCCCAGAAUCGCAUUGCCCAGAAUUGGAUGGAGUUUUGCUGUCAGCCACCCGCGGAUUUUUACUCAUCGCCGCUCGAACCACAAAUUCCUUUUCAAAUGCCUGCGGCUCAUCAACAUCCGAUUCAGAUACCACCCAUAUAUAUACAUACGGCUUAUGAGACACCAAUGCAGUUUUUAGGAAACCGGAGACUCGAACUGCGCCAAACACUGCCAAUGUCACCGCAACCUCCUCUGGAGCAUCCUGGUCAUCCAAUGCUUAGCGCGGGUCCAAGUAAUCAACAUACCUCGCUUGAAAUGCAAAACGUUUGUGUGUCGGAAGGAAUUCCCACAAGGGUGGAGAAACCACCUGUCUUGGAAAAUCACCGACUUCAUGCACAAGAUCCGACUCAGGAUGCGGGUGCAGGGAAGUCCCGAUCGGCGGUGCUGAUCAAACCCAAGCCCCCAAAUGCAAAACCACCGGAUUUCAAUCGAGGUCAUUUCGAGUGCAAUUGGUGCGGAAAGCGAUUGAGCUCCCGCCAGUCGCUGAAAUACCACGAGAACCACUUCCACGGGGAUAAAGAGCUGACAGCGAAUCGGGUAGAGAAGGAUUUGACCAAGCAGCACAAGUGCCUCACAUGCAAGAAACGCUACAAGCGGCGGACCUUCCUCUUAAUGCACAUGAAGGUCAAACACGGGAUUGCUCUCCCGGGCGGAAUUAAUGCUGAUCCCGAAUAUCCAAAAUCUGUAGAUCCGCCUGCAACCGCUGAGGUUCCUGUCUCCCCAAAGUCGUCGCCGGACGAGGCACCGAAAAAGGAGAUAUGGAGCACAAGAAUAUUCAACGCUGUGGCGGCAGCCAAGUAUAAACCGGCCAGUGAGCGGGCGGACAAGUAUCUGGUUGCGCCACGUCAGCAAACCAAGCAGUUGGAAUCGGGUUUUACGAUCACGCCCAAACGGACGUAUCCACUCCGUUCGCCCUUCUUCAAUCCGGAUCUAUGGCUGGACUGCGAUGUAUACUUAUAGGUUAAACUUGGCUGGAUUUUAAGUAACUUGGAGUAUCAAAUAUUCGAGCUAAUAAGAUAGCCAAUACCGGCUUCAGCCUAGCUGGAUGACCGAGCGACUGCAUUAGUCUUGUUAUUUUUAGCGAUAAAUAUUACUUCGUUUCAUGAAGCUUCUGAGUAUGUACAAUGUACGUAUGUAUAUAAUAGCAUGGAUACAUAUCGCACUCGUAAGCGAUCUAUUCUGUGGCCUCAGCACUUCGGAUCUGAAUCUCGACGUCGAAGUCCCAAAGCCCCAAACUUCUUGUCAUAAUAAACAAACUAAAAACGCUGAGCAUUGCAAUAAAUUUUAAGCACUCGGACGCUCAAAUUCGUCCGUUUCUCUUGUAGGUUUUGUACAUAAAAUUGAAAUGAAGAAACGCGUAAGCAAAACCAAUAAAAACUGUGAUUUUUUUACCCUAAGUGUCCUUCAUUCCUUUCAAAAUGGAGGCACUUUGCAGUGGGUAUUCUCGGGUUACCCGAAGUACCUAAAGUGGAAAGUAGACCACGUUGAUAUUUUUCUGACAGUCCCUUUAAGAGCAAAGAUAUUUGACACACAUGUUUUUUGCAUCGAGUUAAAAUAU